GCUGCUAAUAGGUCAUUAGCAUGUGAAAUGGUUCCAGGAAAGAUCAUCAACUGUCUUCCUGCUCUUCUGCAGUGUCCUAACUCAGAGACCUGGGCUAUAAAAGCCAGGGGGAAUGUGGGUAAAGCUUCACAUCACUCUCCAGGGAGCUGCAGCCAUGAAGAUCCAGGCUCUUUCUGCCCUCUUUUUCCUCCUGAUCGCCACAAAUGAAGCCAAAAUUUGGGAGAAAUGUGAACUGGCCACGAAGAUGAAAAACGAAGGCCUGGAUGGGUUCCAAGGCUACCCACUGGCGGACUGGAUCUGCAUGGCCUAUCACGAGAGCAAAUACGAUACCAGCGUUGUGGGCUCUGCAAAUACAGAUGGCAGCUUAAACUUUGGGAUUUUUCAGAUAGGCAGCAGAUACUGGUGCCAACAUGAAAAGCUUCCAUCAGCAAACGCGUGCAACAAACCCUGCAGCAGUUUCACAAAUGAUGACAUCACCGAUGACAUUGAGUGUGCUAAGAGAAUCGUCCAGGACCCCCAAAAGAUGGAUGCCUGGGUUGGAUGGCUGAAAAACUGCAAAGGAAAAGACCUCUCCGAAUGGACACGGGAUUGCAACAUGUAAUUCGUAUGAAGGCCUACGCACCAGCCCUUUUCUUCGUGUUUUGCUAUUCAAAAAGGACCUCACCACUCUUAGUAUUUGUCCAUUUCUUGCUGAACAUGUUCUUGCUGAACAUAUAUUUGCACACCAUUAGGUGGGGAGAAUGCCUGUUUUUGCACAUGAAAAAAGAGUCAUUUGAAAAGUUCCUGUGGGGGGGAGGGGAGAGCAGAUUUCUGCUUUGAAUGAAGGGUUUCUCUGCUUCAAAACCUUCAAUAAAUUGAGUGCAACCACC